UUCCCCCAUUUGAACGCCCCUCCUCAACACUCUCUACACAGACAUUAUUGCGCUCUCCAAAGGAAGAAGACCCCGAGCAGACCACCAACAACCCAACAGCCGUGACCACGCCAAGACAGCGCCACUGAAACCAGCAAGUCAAACGGUGGUAAAGUAACUGAUUUCAAGCCCAUGCUCUGGGGUGCAUGGUUUAUAGGAGAAAAAGUUUCCUUUCUUGGAUGCAGAGAGUGAACUGACUGUACUGUACAGAGACUGAGACACUGUUCUUCUGCUGGUUACGCGCUCGUCUUUCAUUUUAUUUAUACGUGGGUGAGCAAGUGUAGCACCUCCCAGCUUCUUUGGUCAUAGAUCUGGUCUCCCCUUGUAGGCUAUACACUUACUGUACGUACAACAUGCAUUUAGGGUUUAGUGCGGUCCUAUAGCUGAGGAGGGACCCUAGGCUUGUCCACAGGGCCCCCUCUUUCUCACCACCAUCCACGAUCUCUCUCCUCUACUUCGGACCGCAGGAUAGUGCUGAACCAUGCCGAGACACUUGCAGUGCAGCUCGGUUCCAUCGCAGGUCGGCGUGGCCGGUUCUGUUUUGUAACUGGAUCUACUCUGGGGCAUGGUCUCCCCCACCACAGCUGAAGAGAACUAUUGCAAAGGACUAAAAAGUGCAAAGAGUAGCAAUAACUGCCCAAUAGCGAGGUGAAGAAUACAGAAGAUCUAUACAGCAAUAUUCAAAUCGAUGUUCGAUCAAGCCACAAAUAUGGGCGAUGAGAUCGCCGAGGACCGCAACAACCACCGCCGUGGAUCCAACUCUCAGUGUCGUGACGGGAUAGACAAAUGCCAUACCGAACUUGGGAGCAGGUCGCCGGUUCAGAGCACAACCAAUACCCCGGGUACAUCUGCUUCCACCCCGACCUCCUCCAGUGAAGACGGACAUGAUAAACUUUUAGGAGUGGAUCCAGACUACUGCCGGAGGAUUUUAGUUCGAGAUGCCAAGGGCACCAUCCGUGAGAUCGUGUUGCCAAAGGGUCUGGACCUCGACAGGCCAAAACGCACGCGGACAUCCUUUACCGCAGAGCAGCUCUACCGGCUCGAGCUCGACUUCCAGCGCUGCCAGUAUGUAGUCGGCCGCGAGCGCACUGAGCUGGCGAGGCAGCUGAACCUGUCCGAAACACAGGUCAAAGUUUGGUUUCAGAACCGUCGUACCAAGCAGAAGAAAGACACAACCAAGGACUCUGACAAGCGCUCCUCCUCUACCUCCGAGUCGCUGGCCACCUGUAACAUCCUGCGCCUCCUUGAGCAGGGGCGCCUCCUCUCCGUCCCGCCCCCCAACCCCCUAUUGGGCACCCACCACCCAGGAAACGGCUCUCUAUUGGGCAGCCCCGGAGGCUCCUCCUCCUCUCCGGGUAGCAGCACGCCACCAGGAAAUGGCGUUCAUGGGGUGGGUGGGACUUUUGGGCUGUCGCUGCCCUCCCUGGGUGGGACUCCACCCUCGUCGCGUCUGAGCGUGCCGCCGUCACACUCACUGUGCUUCUCCAUGCCGCUGCUAGGGGGCGCUCAUCAUGAACUUGCAUCCGGGUAUGGGUGCGGGUCCUCUGCGUUCGAACCCUACAUGCGGCUGGACAGGAUCUCCAAGGAUGGCGAUCUGACUGGGAAGAAGACAGUUUCCUAAGGGGCGGCCAUUUGGGGUUUGGUGAUGGGGUUGGGAUGACUCCCGAUGGCUCCACCCUCCCUCCCUCCCUCACUGCCUCUGGUCUACCACCACCUAUCCACACACCAACAUCGUUGUCCGUCAUUGGUUGGAUCACCAACAUCAUUGUCCAAAAUUGGCUGACAAGGAUGGACAGACAGACAGCUGGGAGGAGGUGCACCUCAGAAAGAGCAGGGCUAUCCUUGCACCACCGUGUUGUGUCAUUGGUUGCACCCUGUUCCCACCUGUUCUCCAGCUAAUGGCUCCGGGAUAUCGUCUAUAGAUUACAUCACAAGGAGUGCAACCAGUUACCCCUUCAAUAUAUUACAUAUUUCCCAGCAAAAUUACCAGGUUUCUCAUCAUGUGUGGCAGCUUUCUGCCAGAACGUUCCACGUAAAAUAAUGAUACACUUUAGCAGUUUCUAAUAUUAGUUUGUAUUGUAUAGUGUCCAACACUGAUUCCUGUAAAUUCUUUAUUUGGUUGUGUGUGUGUGUGUGUGUUUUAAAAUGUGGACAAAUGGUAUGUAAAUAAAGCUAGUCCUAGGUCAAGUCGGUGCUAAUAAAAAUAAAAAGAGAAAAGGUACUAGGGAUAUGUCCUCGCCAAGGUAACGGGUUAGCGAUAGCAUUGUUAGCUUCAUCUCUGCUCUGCGCUAUACCCUCACGUCGUUUUGUCGUCCAAUCAACUGGAGUAAAUCGAGGUCAACCUGUUGAGCUUGAGAUGAACUCUUGAUGUGUAAUUCACCAGUGACGCAGUAUCACUCUGCCCGCAGUACACGUUACCAUUGGCUACAGAGACUACUCUCUGGUUUAAAGCCACCCACCUGCCGUUUACCCUGACGACCCCCAUUCAGAUAAUCUCAAAAUGUUUUGAAACACA